CUGUGUCUGGCUCACUUGUUUUUAACCAUGACCAACAAAGCAAAUUACACACAAAACACAUAUUUUGUUAUAGAGGUGGGGCAAUUCAAAAUCUAAAAAAAAUAUUUAACAUAUAUAAAAUGAUUUAUGAGUUUUGGAAUCUAGAAUGUACAGCAAACCAACAUUAUCGCAAAGUUUGGUUACGUUACAUGCUUGACUGCGGUAUGGAUGAAAAUGGUGGCCUAACUUUGUCGUCUGGUAUCUGGCGAUAGCAGCUCACGGGUUCAGAAGGCAAGCCUGCAUAGUUGGCAAGCGAGUCGUGGCGACUCGGAGGCUACACGGCACAGUCAAGUUUUCUAUCGUUUUGGCAGCAACCCGGGGUGCUGCUAGACCGGGCCCGGUCCUGCGCUAGCCACCCCGAGGAAGGCUAAUACCAUGGCGGUGAAUGGGGACGACGUUGGCGUUGGCUUGCAGCCGGGCCCCCCGAUGCCGUGGUUCGGAAUGGACAUCGGAGGAACCCUCGUGAAGCUCGUGUACUUCGAGCCCUCUGAAGGUGGCGCCGAGCAGGCGGAGACCCUGGAGCGAAUACAGCAUUACCUCAAGAAGCACGCGGCUUACGGCAAAACCGGCAAGCGUGAUGUGCACUUGCAGAUGGACAACGUGCACGUCGGCGGUCGCCAGGGAACGCUGCAUUUUAUACGUUUUCCAACUAGUGAAAUGAGUAGUUUUUUGGAACUGGCCAAGGCGAAAGGGAUGGCCAGCCUGGCCUCGACAAUUUGUGCCACGGGCGGUGGCGCGCAUAAGUUUGAGGCGGAUUUCCACGCCCAGGUGGGCCUCGGUCUGCACAAAUUUGACGAGAUGGACUCCCUAAUCCGCGGGAUCCACUACAUUGAGUCGUACAACUGCCGGAAGGAGUGCUACUACUACAGCAGUCCGAUGGAUCGCUGCGUGAAGAUGCCGUACGAUUUCAGUGAUCCCUAUCCGUACCUGGUUGUGAACAUUGGAUCGGGAGUGAGUAUCCUGUCGGUCCGCUCGCCCAACCAUUACAAACGGGUAACCGGCACGAGUCUCGGCGGCGGAACCUUCCUGGGCCUCUGCUGCCUCCUUACGGGUUGCGAGACGUUCGAGGAGGCCAUUGCGCUCGCGGAGCGGGGGGACUCGACGCGGGUCGACAAGCUGGUGCGGGACAUCUACGGCGGCGACUAUCCCAAGUUUGACCUACGAGCAGACACUGUAGCCAGCAGCUUUGGAAACAUGAACUGCAAGGAAAAACGCGAAUCAACGACGCGGGAGGACCUGGCUAAGGCCACGCUCGUCACCAUCACCAACAACAUUGGCUCGAUAGCGCGGUUGUGCGCUGUGAACGAGGGUAUCUCUCGGGUUGUCUUUGUGGGCAACUUUCUUCGCGUAAAUCCCAUCUCGAUGCGAAUGCUGGCGUACGCCAUGCAAUUUUGGUCCAAGGGAACUCUAAAAGCCCUCUUCUUAGAACACGAGGGUUAUUUUGGUGCUGUUGGAUGCCUCUUGGAACUGAUGAGAACAGGCCAUAGCCACAGCUAGGAGGGCAGCAAUGGUGGCACGUCUUCGAGGUCAUUCGACACUGAAGAAUGCAUCCGGUGGAUGAUUGUCAGAGCCUUUGGGCCAGGUAGAUGCUUUUCCUAUGGAAUACUCUGACUAGGACUUGGAAGGACCAUUCUGUUCUACUUUUUGUUUUGGAAGUGGGAUUGAAGGAAGAGAAGUGUGAGGUUGGACCAUCACUUGAGAGUUUAUGAUGCAUGAUCCGGUGUACUUUAUGAAGUUACAUGACAAAUACACUUUUAUUACUAAGAGGGUCACACUAUGUCAUUCCUUAUGGCCACAAGCACUGCAGUUUUCUGUUGUGCUGGGCCAAGUGAUUGUUAGGGAAAGGAAUUUUAGCUUGAGCAUUGCGCUCUCAUUCAAAUUUGUAGACAGCCAUUCCAUUAUUGUUGACCACCAAGACUUUGUAGAAUGAUUGGUGAUUUUAGCUAUCUGUUAUUCAUUCUAUCAUGCUUGCAUGUCAGAAAGCCACUUCUGUCACACUUGUUUUAUGCAGCCAUAAGUGGAGAUUACAUUGAUGUAUUGAUGCUCGGAUCUGUGUAAUUGUCUUCACCUGCAACUGUGUGCUAAACACAAAUAAUAGUAUUAGGCUGCAUAUUUUAAGCAGAAUCUGUUUUUUUUUUCCCUUAUUAGGCAAGGUACUAUGCUGUACAGCUGAUUAUUAUUGUUAGAAUUGAUGCUUAUCAAAAUCCUGCUUAAAGUUCCAAAUUGGUAAAAACAAAGUGCUCUGCUUCAAAUUCGCAGACUGUGCAGCACGCAGCUGUGUGGAUGGAAACAUGGCUCUCUUUUUUUUUUUUUUGUUUUUUUUUGCUACCACAACAUUUUGUGAUGUCACGUACAUCCCAAAGGCGCCAAUCUCGGUACAAGGACGGUGGCUUUCGCAGUUUACCAACUUGUGUUCUGUUGCAAUGUGUGAGUGAUGUUGGGUCUUCAUUAUAUAUAUUUUACUAUGUAUGGUUAGGGUGGACAUGUAACAGUACAAGCGCUCGAAUCUGACAUUGCAUUCUAACAUUUUUAUUUUCUUUAAUAUUUUCAUCUCUGUGGUACAGUAACGUGAUUUGAAGUUUCCCGAAAAAAAGAAAAGAAAAAAGAAAAACAGCUGAAAUGCUGAAGACAUUGUGAAAACAAAAAGCAUAUAUAUCAAAGCCACUGAAGGCAUCGUUAAGGUGUACACAUCUUGUUCAUAUCACUAGCUUGAGGGCUGUUCCUCAAGCUGUUUACACGUGAUGUUGAAGUUCUCACAUCGAACACCGGAAGGACAUGCUGUCCUUGCAUUUUAUUUUUUAUUUUCCCUGUGAUCAUAUUGCUAGUAUGACUAAUAAAUAUUACUGAUGUACUUUUCUCA